AUGGCCAGCUCUAUCCGCCAACGACUCCAACACAUCCACCUUCCAGGCCCCGUUCCUUACGCGACAGCAGCCCGCCUUCAGGAACUCCUUGUCUCGCGCUUCCUCGCCUCGAAACCGCCAUCCAAUGUUCCCCCACCAGCACCUCACAUCAUAACUGCCGAAUUCACCCCUGUCUACACUUGCGGUCGGCGAGAGAUCGGUACCGUUUCACCAGAGCAACAAGCCUACCUCCGCAAACCCAACGACACAAACAUUCGCGCAGACUUUGUCGAAGCUCUCCGUGGCGGCCAAACCACCUUCCAUGGCCCAGGCCAACUAGUUGCCUAUCCCAUCAUCGACCUACGUACGCAUAAGCUUACGCCUCGACACUAUGUCUGUCUGUUAGAGAAAAGCCUGAUAGCCACGUGCGCGAAAUACGGAAUCAAAGCCAUGACUACAGAGAACACGGGUGUCUGGACGACUCCAGAUGACAAGAUUGCGGCGAUUGGAGUUCAUAUGAGACGCAACAUCACGAGUCAUGGAGUUGGGCUGAAUCUCAAUACAGAUUUGUGGUGGUUUGACAGGAUCGUUGCGUGUGGGUUGGAAGGGAAGAGGACGACUAGUUUUGCCAAGGAGGGGAUGGUGGGAAAGAGUGUUGAAGAGGUUGGUAGAGGCUACGUGGAAGAGGUGGGAGAGAGGUUGCUAGGCGUAGAGGGUGUGGAGAGAGUUGAAAAAGCAACGGUUGAUGAGUUGUUGGACAUCUCAAGAGGCGGAUGA